AUGAAUAGCUCCGCGGGAAACUUCGGAGACGCCCGAGACGAGACGAUCGCUCAUGUCAGAAUCACAGUAUUGUGCUUCUGUUUGUUGUUUACGCUGGGUGGAAACCUAUUCGUUUUCCUGCUCGUCACCCGAAACAGGCCGAAAUCCGUGCAUCAACUCCACAUCUAUCACUUCAUGGUGCACCUAUCCCUGGCCGACAUGCUCGUCGGCGUAUUCAACAUCCUGCCUCAGAUCGUUUGGGAAAUCUACUUCCGUUUCCGUUGGGGGAACAUCGCCUGCAAGUUCGUCAAGUUCAUGCAGAUAUUCGUCCUGUACCUGUCAACGUAUACUCUUGUCGGACUAUCUUUGAACAGUUCUUUAGUGGUGCGCUCUGGAAGCAGCAGUACUUCCUCGAGACUGUGGGUGAUCCUUGGCGCCGGAUGGUUCCUUUCAGCUCUUCUGGCCUCCCCACAAGUCUACAUAUUCUCAUUCAAACAACUUUCCAACGGUGUCUACGAUUGCUGGGGAACUUUCGACCCCCCGUUGACCAGCGUACGCUACGUCGUGUAUUUCAUUGCGAUGGCACUCAUCGUUCCCGCCCUGAUCAUGGGUGCCUGUUAUUCGUAUCUGUGCCGGGCCUCCUCGAAACGAUUGAUGAGCGAUGCCAAACUGAAAACCAUCCGGAUGACUAUGGUGAUGGUUUUAGUUUUCGUUCUAUGCUGGACCCCGUUCUGUUGUGCUCAGCUGUACCUGGUGUUCGGUGGAGAAGAAGCGUCGACUUUCGUGACCAUGUGCCUUAUGGUGCCGAAUUUGAACUCGUGCGCGAAUCCGUGGGUGUACCUCAGCUUCAGUACCGAUCUCCGACGACGUCUCGUGAACUUUUGCUCACUGAUCCAUCUCCGUGGAAAUAGGUACGGCGAGGAAAGUCGCAAACCUUGCACGCGGGCCAAUGCCAUCGUGUGUGAGAAACCUGCCCGACAGCUGAGGGGUUACAGGAUCAGCUGA